GAUCGACGUAAUAAGCUUACCAUCAGUCAUCAACUACGUAUAAAUAGUCCAUCGAGUGUUGCACUGAAUUCAGUGUCCACCUAUUUGCCCAUCUACGUUGUCGAUUACUGUGCGAAAUGAUGAUACUCGUUAGUCUUGUAUUGAUUGUUACGGCAGUAAUACUUUUCUUAAUAUAUGCCAGAGGCAAGCUCAAUUACUGGAAGAAACGCGGCGUCGAGUCCCUCGAGAGCGAUCUGAUCUUCGGCAACUUCAAGGACGCCAUACUCUUCCGCUCUGCGCCGGGAUGGCAUAUCGGUCAGCUGUACAAAGCUGCUCGGGCGGACGCGGCUUACGUCGGCUUUUACAUCUUCCACAAGCCGUGUCUGCUGUUGCGCGACCCGAACGUCAUUAGGCAGUUCAUGAUCCGCGACUUCAAGAACUUCUCCGAUCGCCACUUCGCUGGCCCCAGUCAGAAGGACAGCAUCGGUAUGAGAAAUCUGUUCGGCGUGAAGAACCCGGUCUGGAAGUACCUGCGCACCAAGAUCGCGCCCACGCUGACGAGGAACAAGCUGAGGCAGAUGUUCCCGCUGAUGAUGGAGAUCGGCACGCCGAUGAUGGAGUAUCUGGAGAAGCAGCCAGCGGUCCGCGGCAAUGCGAAGCUCGUGGACGUACAGGAGCUUAGUUACAAAUACACGACCGAUUUGAUCGCGUCCGUCGCCUUCGGCACGAAAAUGGACACCUUUCACCAUCCGAACACGGAGUUCUCGUCCGGAGUUUACAAAUACUUUCACUCGUUCAAGAGGAUGGUCGCUCUGGUGACGGUGUUCUUCAUGCCCGAGCUGGUGGAGCUGAUCGGGACGAAGAUACUUUUCGACUUCUCCUUCGCGCGUAAGGUUUUCUGGAGCGCGAUGGAGAAUCGCGAAAAAACCGGCGAGAAACGAGGCGACUUCAUCGACUCGUUGCUCCAACUCAAGUACGGCGAACAAAAUCCUGUUUACAAAUUUGAGGGUGAAAAUCUGCUGCAUCAGUCCGGCACUUUAUUUUCCGGCUUCGAAUCGAGCAGUACCUGCAUGUCCUUCACCCUGAUGGAACUAGCGAAUUAUCCAGAGUGUCAAGACUUAGCCAGGCAGGACAUUAAUCAAGCAAUCGCCAAGCACGGCUGGUCGUACGAAGCGUUCAACGAUAUGAAGUAUCUUGAUCAAGUAAUAGCCGAAGCUCUCAGGUUGCAUCCACCAGUGUCCACCAUCGACAGAUACACUCGUCAGGAUUACAGAAUUUCUGGCACCGAUAUCAUUAUCGAGAAAGGAACACCGGUAUUUAUUUCUCUGUACGGACUCGGUGAAGAUCCGAAGUGGCAUGCGCCGGAAGUAUUCAACCCUAACAGAUUCGCUGAGAAUAACCGCGACAUGAGCGUUUACCUACCGUUCGGAUUAGGUCCCAGGAUGUGCGUAGGUAAGUAG